AUGCCAAUAUGGCGCACGGUAGCCAGACCGAUCCCAUUCUGGCUGGCCGGGAUAGCCCCGCCGGAGAUAUUGGGAAGGGAGACGGCUAGAACGGCCGCCAGAUUACACACACUCCCGGGCACACACCCGCUCGCACAAAGGCUGAGGAGGCCCCCUCCGAGGGAGUGGUCCAGACUCCACGCUCUUGCGGAGUCACAGCCCCCGCCGGAGAUACCCCCAGACGAGGUAUGGCUCCCCCGCCUACCGGCCCUCCGCAACUGGCUCGCCCCCGGUGCCGAGAGACAACCACACCGCCCCGGACAAUGGACACUCCCACCCGAGUCCGACCCGGACCUGUACUGGGCCGACAACAAACCUCAGAGCCUCGCAGACCAACCCUGGCACAGGAACAAUAACCCCUACCUCGGACUGCCACGCAAACACCUGGCAAGAUGGAUCGGAGAACGCACAGGUCACUGGGACUUCCACUCCUACCACGACCGCUUCAACCAUCCUCCAGAGACCUUCCGAUACUGCAUAGUACAGGCCCUCAAAAAUGAGGGAUACACACACAUCCAGGUGCUACGAGGUGGAGGAUAUCAGGGAAUGAGGAUAGCCAGAGCGGGGACCCCCGACCCAGACGACGAACCACUGCCCUUCGCGGAGGUACACGCCCUGCCGGGAUCAGGGGGCCUGGAAUGA